GAAAACGGGCACUUUUGGUACACACACUCGCCAUUGGCUCUGUGGGUACGAGUAAUUCGCAAAAGAGCAAUGCUUCUCCGUAUCGCUAUUUUCUGGAUUUUCUUCAUUACCGCAUCCGGUCUGGCGGCGAAUGAGCCACCCAACGAACUAGAACUCUCGUCCAAGCUCAAAUUUGCUAGGGGCGAGUACUCUCUGAACUACGUUACAGUUAAGAGCGAAGCCACUAAUGGCGCUGCUAUACUGGACAAGAAAGGGGUAUUCUUCCCAAUAGUUGACAGAAUAUCGAGUCUUGUCAUCAGCAACUCUUAUUCGACGUUCGUAGAAUCAUCUGAAGCCGGGAGCCCCACCUAUGCUUCUUCGCCCAACAUACAAAUCAUGUUUUCUGGACACAUCACAACAUCUAAGCCGUACUUCGUACGCACGAGCGACGGUAGAACCUACGUCAUAGCUUCGUUCAAUGCCAUCAUCACACUGAAAGACGGAUCACCGACCGGCAUCAAGUGGGUGGAGGGAUGUGCCUCGUGCCAAUGCAGUAUCACCAGCGGCAGCCAGUCGUGCUCUAGUGUGUGCCUGAAUAACAUGUGCGCCAUUCCGGAAGCCGAAUGCAAGAAGUUGGGUGGUUGCGAUAUCAAGGUCUUCGUGGGCUGGGAUGGCUCCGAUUCCGCUGGAGCCAGGUGUCGAAGUUCAGAGUCAAUGCCUUUCAGGUUUUCGAGACUGAUCACAGAAGACCCCUAUUUUGUUACGGCCGGUACUCCCUCGUCGUGACACACACGCGUGAUGGUCUCCAAUGUAAAAGAACUCGCCUUAGAAAAAGAGAGAUGUCGGUUUUGCGCCGGUGCGCGCGUACACGGUUCGUCUUGCCGUCUCUUGUACAAUGCUUUUUCACGAGGUAAAUGCCUCGAGAGUCAUCGCCCUCCACCGUGUACGCAGAAGUCAAGUGGCACCUUAUCGUUCUAUCUUUGACAUGUUUUCCCAAUAUUUUUUUUUGCUGCCUCUCAUAACCGCGAUUCGAUGAGCCACGACAUGUUGUACAUCUCCUUUUCUGAAUAGCGGGGUUGAAAUUGAUUGAAGGUUUUUUGCACUUGAUAAAUGUGCAAGAAGUUGUACCCAGUUUGUUGAAAA